AUGGGGGAUUUCAAUGCAACCCUGCUCUCGUAUGAGAAAAGAGGUCCUGGUAAGUUUAAUCUUGGAUCAGCUGCUGAAUUCCAGGGAAAGAAAUUCACUUGGACUAACAAUCGUCGAAGGGGUCAUGCAGUUGCAGUGUUAGAUCGGAGUUUUUGUAAUGGGAAGUGGAUAGAUGUGUUUAGAAAUGUGAAGCAGUGUGUUUUGUUGUCUUCGGUAUCAGAUCAUGCCCCUCUAUUUGUUGUCUCUGAUGAUGUUCAAAGACCUACAAAUAUCCCCUUCAGAUUCCAUAGCUUUUGGAUGGAAAAUGAUCAAUUUAUCUCCGUGGUUGAGGAAGCUUGGAAAACUCAGAUAGGAGGUAAUCCAAUUUUCGUUCUGGCACAAAAAUUAAAGCAGGUCAAGGAGAAUUUAAAGGUUUGGGCGAGGGCUACCUUUCCUAACCUGAAUGACGAGGUCGACAAAGCAAAGCUGGAAUUAAAGAAGGUUCAAGAAAUGAUAGAGGUGGCUGGGAUGAAUGAUGAAUUAUUUAACAGAGAGGCAGAUGCAAAAACAAUAUUAUUGAAGGCCAACCAAAUGUACGAGAAGUUGUGGGCUGAAAAAGCUAAACUGAGAUGGAUGAAAAAUGGAGAUUGUAACUCAAAAAUUUUUCAUCUUUCAGUGAAGCUUAGGAGGUUGAAAAAUCAGAUCACCUCCCUAAAAAAGGAAGAUGGAACAUGGGUUUCAGACCAACAGGGAAUAUCGUCUUAUGUCUCUGAUUUUUUUGAGAAAUUUCAUGAGGCUGAUGCAGUCACAAUUCAUAAUGACCUUCUUGAUAAUAUUCCCAAAGUGUUGGAGGAGGAGGAUGUGGCAGGAUUGGAGAUUGUCCCGAGUGGGGAUGAAAUAAAACAAGCUGUUUGGGAUUUAGAUCCUGUAAGCUCUCCAGGUCCUGAUGGGUUCCCAGGCAGCUUCUUCAGGCGAUGUUGGGCCAUUGUUGAGGAUGAUUUUUGUAGGGCAGUGAAAAAAUUCUUUGAGGAAGGGCGGCUUCCUAAAGGAAUAAACAAUUGUUUUAUUUCCUUGAUCCCCAAAGUUGAGGGUGCGGCCUCUCUAGAUAGGUUUCGAACUAUAUGUAUGGGAAACUUUUAUUGCAAAGUGAUAUCAAAAAUACUACCUUCAAGAUUACUUGUUGUUUUGCCUAAAUUGGUCUCGGAAGAGCAAGGCGCUUUCCAAUAG